GUCGCACUUUGUCAGCCAUCUUUGAUAGUGGGUUAGCCAAAGUGCUUGUGAUAAAUCAAUUAAAAGAAAGUAGUUUUUAUGCUAAUAAAUUAUCUGUGAUCUUGUACAUAUUUAAUUAGUUUAUAACUUAAAAAAAAUGGGUCGCAAGAAGAAGAAGCAAUCCAAACCCUGGUGCUGGUAUUGCAACCGGGAGUUCGAGGACGAGAAGAUACUGAUUCAGCACCAAAAGGCAAAACAUUUCAAGUGCCAUAUAUGUCAUAAGAAAUUGUACACAGGGCCAGGUUUGUCAAUACAUUGCAUGCAAGUCCACAAGGAAACCAUAGACAAAGUUCCGAAUUCCAUGCCGAACCGUUCGAAUAUCGAUAUUGAAAUAUAUGGGAUGGAAGGAAUACCCUCGGCCGAUCUAAAGGAACACGAGAGACAGAAGCAAGGCAGCAGAGGCAACGACUCGGGAUCCGACGAUGACGAACCCACUGCUAAAAGGCCGAAACCGGAAGGACUGCUGGGCAACGCACCCGGUGUUAUGCCAGGGAUGCCCGGUAUGAUGUCUGGCAUGAUGCCUCCGCCAGGGAUGGGACCCGGAAUGCCUAUGGGGCCGAUGAUGCAAAUGGGGCCUAUGGGACCACAGUUCAUGCACCCUGGAUUGUUGUCUUUUAGGAUGCAAAUGAUGCCGCCUCACAUGCAGGCUAUGAUGCAGGGACAGGGGGGCCCUGCUAAACCUCUCUUUCCCAGCGCCAUUCCUACCUCCUCGCCCGGCGGCCCUUCGGCCCCCGUCGUCGGGGCAGACUUCAAGCCAAUUUCCUCAGGUGCCACCAUAAGCGCCCCGCCCACCACGAACACCUCUGGCGGCGGCGGCGGCGACGGUUCCAAAGUCGCGACGAUAGCCACCACGGGGGCCUCGAGCAAAAUCGUCCACCCCAGUGAAGACAUAUCCUUGGAGGAGAUAAGGUCGCGGUAUCCCAAGUAUGCGAAGACAAUGCCGUUGAAAUCGGACGACGGGGCCUCGACGUCGAGCACGGCCGCUUCCGAGGUGAGUAACACAAACGGUAACGCCUCUUCGAUUUCAUCCGUCGCGAUUUUUCAGUUGGCGACGGCUGUGUCGGCGGCGCAACAGGCGGCAGCCCACCAGCAGAAACAGGUGGAGGCGAUGAACCAGCAGGCGGCUAUGAUGCAGAGGUUCCCCGUGAGGGUGUCGGGGCCGCCCAUCAGCAUGACGAUGGGCGGGCCCAUAAUGGCCCCCAUGCGUCACCACCAGAUGAUACCCGGGCCACCGCUCAUAGGAGGACCACUGAUGAGGCCGCCCCCAAUUUCCAUGCCGCCAGGUAUGAUUGGGAUGCCCCCAGGGAUGAUGUACGGAGCCCCGAUGUUCCCGACUGGCCCCGUACUGAUGCAGCCCCGUUUUAGAUGAUCUCCGGUGUAUCUUGUGUACCAUCCGCAAGUCUAACUAAGUUUAACAUCUUUUUCAUCUAUUAAUCGCUUAAGAUUAAAAAAGUUAUAAUUUUUGUUCCGUUCACUUGUUGACUGUUGGUUCCAGUACAUUUUUGAGUUAAGCGUUAGGGAAAGAAUUGAUAAAACGUAAAGAUUCAAACUGUUUGCAUGAUUAUGGACAAAUUUGACUUGUUUCCUCCGCUACAUGUGUAUUUACAUUUGUUUUAUUUUCGACAGGUUUGAAAAUGUACAAACUAUAACAAAUACCUGCCGUCACGGUAUGUAACAAUUUUUAUUUUUUAUCGGAUUAGAGGGAAACUUCCUUCCUAAAAGGUUGGUCCAUUUUUAUUUACAUCAUAUAACCGAUUUUCCUUUUAGAGCACGAAAAUUAACUGUUAUUUUUCUAUCCGUCGAGAUGUACGGAUUUUCGCCCAAGAACAAACUGUCAAAAUUCAAAAUUUAUAUCAAAAACUUUUUUUUGCUGAGUAAAAAUUUACGUAUUCAAAAUUUUUGAAUCUCAGCAAAAAUAGAGAAAAUGAUCAAAUUUGGUCAGCGUGGGACUCUCGCUUUUAGGGGAUAAUUUUUAGGCUCAAAUAAAGGAUUUUUGUGAUGAAAAAAUUUCUCUUAAAAUUGCAGGAGUUUGAAAAAUUGAAUAUUGGUAUCAAAUUAAAAUUUAAUUAGUUGUAACCACAAAGAAAAUAAAAUUUUGUGAAAAAUAAAGAAAAUACACAUUUGUUCUCUUGAUCUAUCUAUUUUCACAAAGAGUGCUUUGAAAACAAAACAAAUGCAAUUUUGACAGUUCAGUUAAAUUUUCAUGGUAAUGUCAAAGUUCAGAUGAUUAAGAGCGCAAUUUUCACAUGAAAUGAAGCCAGAUAUUCUUCAAAUUAAUUAAUCGACAUGUUUGGAGCAUUUCUCGUUCUUCAUGCAAAAAUUGCAUUUUUAUUUCAUUUAAACUUCGAGUGUCAAAGGAAUCUUAACCGAACUGUCAAAAUUUUGCUUGAAGUAACAAUCGGAUGUUUUGUUUUCAGAGCACUUUUUGUAAAUGUGAAUAAUUUGAUAUCCAAGGUAGAAACGAAGCAUAUAAUGGUUCAUCGUAACCAGGAAAAUGUGAAAAUGCAGUCUUGUCAGUAACGUUGAUAAAAAUUUGCAGGUUUUCUUGAUGACUCGAAAACAAUUAUCCUCGUCAUUCUGUUCACUAUCAAAUUCCAUAACUUUUGCCGAACUUUGUCUCUUCAUUCGUAGAGCGAGCCACCUGUAUUAAUAAGUUUUAUUUUGCAAAUUUUCGUUUGAAAUUUUACAGUUGAAUGUUUUUAUGUAGGGUUAGAAAUUAUCCCCUAGAUCGUAACUUUUAAAAUCGAUAAUGCAAACGACAUGUUUCCUUUUACGUUAAAAGCGAAUUUUGACAGUUUUUCAAUAAUUUGGGCCAGACAUUCAGGUUUGUACAAUUAUUUUUUUUACCUAAUUUUAAUAGUUUCAAGGUAAGCAUUGUUGUCUAUACAUUUCCUUUAAAAAAAAAAAAA